CUGAUGUCCUUCUCUAUAAAUGCAGUAACAGCCUCGUGCAGCUUGCAGCUUCGCCGUUGGGCUCAAUUCUCACUAGAGAGUCAGUUAUUUUGCACCAGACUCCAUUCAAUAAAGCAGGGAUUUAAGAGCUCCUUGAUCAUCGUGAAGCCGCAGAGGCGUUUCCGGGUGUUAUAAAAAUCAUCAGGGGUCACGUUUUACUUCGGCAUGCACGAGUCUCACCCAGAACAUCUGAAAUCAAGUUUUAAGAUUUACUCUUUUUGCUCUAAUUACCUCCAUGUGAGGACGCUCGAUGUAGGCUGCAGACGGGAACCGGUCCUAAUGGAUUGAAGGAACCAAUUUUAAUCGCGCGCUGGGUCGGAUUAUCCUGCCGAACUGACCUGGAGGACCUUGGUUUUAAUUCUUUAGUUAUUUUCUACCAGCAUGUGUACACUUGGGUACAGUAGGAGUCAGUUUAGGAAAUAAUGGACCGGUUGCUGAGAGGUUCUCUGUCACACGUCUGACUUCAGACAUCAGAACAGGAGGUGAUAAAAGGUUUCCUCUCCUCUGGCUUGUUUCAGGAAUGUCUUUGUUAUGGAGCCUGAGGCCGGCGCUGACGUCGCUUCUUCAAGCAUCCCAGCAUGCCUCUGCCUGGACGGCUCCCAUCCUCUCCAGGACGAUGGCCACCCUCAACCAGAUGCACCGCCAGGGGAAGCCCAAGCCGCCUCCUAAAUCUGUCGGCGCCACGUUCGGCCGCCCCCAGCUGAAGGCGGUGAUCCUGAAGACCAUGAUCCGAAAGCCCAAGAAGCCCAACUCCGCCAACAGGAAGUGCGCUCGAGUGCGGCUGUCCAACGGGAAGGAGGCGGUGGUGUUCAUCCCCGGGGAGGGACACAACCUGCAGGAGCACAACGUGGUGCUGGUGGAGGGCGGGAGGACGCAGGACCUGCCCGGAGUCAAACUCAAAGUGGUCAGAGGCAAAUAUGACUGUGCCCACGUGGUGAAGAAGAAACAGUAGACUGAGAGGAGGACGCUGGUGUGGGAUGGAAGCGUGUGUCUGUCAGUUGUUUAAUAAAUACAUGUUCUCUUAAUCACGCCAUCGUGCGGGUGACUGCCUCAACUGUGAAGUCAGAUACACAACACGGCCAAAAGUAUGGAGACACCUGAACAGUCCACCCAUGUGUGACUUGUGAUCGUGACGGCGUGCUCAUUAACCGUCUCACUUUUGUGCAGGUUUUUCAAAGCAACAUUAUAAUAAUAAUAAUAACGGCUUUAUUUAUACAGCACUUAUCAAAACAGAGUGCUUUCCAGGUUGAAAUACACAUUAAAAAUAUUUCAAGUUAAAUCACGCUGCAUAAAAUGACAUAAGGUUAAAGGAAAUCCAAUUUCUGCAGCAGUGAUGCAGAUAAAAUGGACAUAUAGGACGAGAUCGGGUUGGAAGGAAGCACUAAAAUUAAUAAAAGGCUGUUUUGUAAACGUA